AUGCUCCUGCUCCUGUUGUUCCUGCCCCUGCCCCUGCCCCUGCUCCUCUUCAGCGUCCUCGUCCUCCGCCUCUUGCUCGCCCAGAAGCGAUGGGAGGAGGAGAAGGCGUUCGAGAUGGACGCUCCUGCUCCUGGCUCGGCAGCUCCAGAGCAGGAGAAGCACUUCGUUACCUUCCCCUACCCCUACAUGAACGGCCUCCUUCACUUGGGCCACACCUUCUCGCUCUCCAAGACAGAGUUCUCCAUGGGGUACGAGAGGCUCAAGGGCAAGAAGACGCUCUGGCCGUUUGGCUUCCAUUGCACGGGCAUGCCGAUCCAGGCGGCAGCAGACAACUUGAUCAGUCAGGAGGAGGAGAAGGAGGCGGAUGCUGAGGCUUCAAAGGAGGAGGAGGAAGCAGAAAUGGACCCGACCAAGUUCAAGGGCAAGAAGAGCAAGGCAGCUGCGAAGAAGGGCAAGGGAAACCAAUGGCAGGUGUUGGAGUCGAUGGACAUUCCUAGAGAAACUAUCCCUCGCUUCGUCGAUCCUGUCUACUGGCUUCAAUACUUCCCUCCCAUCGCCAAGCAGGACUUGAUUGAGAUGGGCGUGAAGGUGGAUUGGAGGAGGUCGUUCAUUACCACCAACGUCAACCCCUACUACGAUUCUUUCAUUCAGUGGCAGUUCCACAAGCUCCGCAAGCUCGAGAAGGUUUCUUUCGGCAAGCGUUACUCCAUCUUCUCCCCUAUCGACAACCAGAUCUGUGCAGAUCAUGACAGAGCUACUGGCGAAGGAGUUGGACCGCAGGAGUACGUCCUCAUCAAGAUGGAGAUUCUUACCUUGCCCCCGGCGCUGCAGCAAGUUGAUUCCACUUCCUCGUUACCAUCCUGCUCCUCCUCCUGCUCUUGUUCCUCUCUCCUCCUCGUCCUCCUGCCUCCCUCUCCUCUUCCGCUUACUCGCACGCAGCUCGAGGGCAAGAAAGUUGUUCUCCUCGCCGCUACUCUCCGUCCCGAAACCAUGUACGGGCAGACCAACUGCUGGGUCCUCCCCCACGAGAAAGAUGCCAUCGUCGGGGAGCGGGCGGCAAGGAACAUGGCCUUCCAGGGGCUGACGCCGGAGGUAACGAGGCAGCAGCGGGUUGAAAGAGCUCGUGACGUCCUGCUGGCAGUUCGGCGAGGUCAGGGAAGUGAUGAGAGUGCGAGGAAGAGACCUGGUGGGACUCCCGCUCAGUUGUGCCCCAUCUACACCCUCCCCAUGCUCACCAUCUCCAUGAAGAAGGGAACGGGUGUCGUGACCUCGGUGCCAUCGGACGCGCCGGACGACUACCAGGCGCUGAUGGACCUCAAGAACAAGCCGGCGCUGAGGGAGAAGUACGGGGUCAAGGACGAGUGGGUCCUGCCCUUCGACCUCAUCCCCAUCAUCGAGAUCCCCUACAAGCGCGACGACGCGCCGGAGGGAGCCGAGCCCGAGCUGACGGACCUGGCGGCUAAGGUGGCGUGCGAGGAGUACAAGGUGGCUUCACAGAAUGACAAGGAGAAGCUGGUGCUUGCCAAGGCGAAGACGUACAAGCUCGGGUUCUACGAGGGGAAGAUGACCAUCGGAGACUUCAAGGGGAUGCCCGUGCAAGAGGCGAAGAACAGGGUGAAGGCUCAGAUGCUCGAGGAGAACAACGCGUACUCGUACGCUGAGCCGGAGAAGGAGGUGAUGUCUCGGUCCGGCAACGAGUGUGUGGUGGCCCUGACGGAUCAGUGGUACAUCAAGUACGGAGAGGAGGAGUGGAGGAAGCAGGUGGAAGAGCAUCUGCAGAAGGACCUCAACUGCUACUCAGACGACACCAAGUCCAAGUUCGAGGCAGCUCUGAGCUGGCUGGGGGAGUGGGGCUGCUCCAGGUCGUUCGGUCUGGGGACGCUGCUGCCAUGGGACAAGCAGUUUGUGAUCGAGUCUCUCUCUGACUCCACCAUCUACAUGGCCUACUACACCUUCUGCCACAUCCUCCACCAGGGCCCCUUCGACGGCUCCGUGCCCGGGCCCGCUGGCGUCGUCGCCAAGGAUCUCACAGAGGAGGUCUGGGACUAUAUCCUGCUGGACGGGCCCCAGCCCAAGGACAGCAAGGUGCCGCAGGAGACGCUGGAGAGGAUGAAGCAGGAGUUCAACUACUGGUACCCCGUCGACCUGCGCGUGUCCGGUAAGGAUCUGAUUCAGAACCACCUUACCUUCUUCCUCUACAACCAUGCCGCCAUCUUCCCCAAGAAGCACUGGCCCCGUUCCAUCCGCACCAACGGCCACGUCCUGCUCAACAACGAGAAGAUGUCAAAGUCGACCGGCAACUUCAAGACCCUCAAGCAGGCGAUCGGCGAGUACUCGGCUGACGGCAUGCGAUUCGCGCUGGCGCUGGCGGGCGAUGGCAACGAGGACGCAAACUUCGAGCAUGACGUGGCGAACGCGGCGAUCCUGAAACUGACCAACGAGCUUCAGUUCGUGGAGAAGUCGCUGACUGAGCUGGACAAGAUGAGGACGGGAGAGCUCGACCUCUUCAUCGACAAGAAUUUUGACAACGAGAUCAAUCGUCUUGUCAAGUCGGCGGACGAGUGCUACCGCCGCAUGCAGUUCCGCGAGUCGGUCAUCGAAGGCUGGGACAAGCUCCAGAACGCGCGGGACAAGUACCGCGCCAUGGCCGGGCCCAUCGGCAUGCACGCGGAGCUGAUCAAGAAGUUCAUCACGUGCCAGACGCUCGUGAUCGCUCCCAUCUGCCCUCACUACUCCGAGUACGUGUGGGGGCUGCUGGGGCACAAGGAAAGCGUCAUGGAGGCUCGCUGGCCGGAGGUGGGAGACGUCGACCCGCUGCUGGUGCGCAUGAACAGCUACUUUGACAAGACGCUGUCGGACAUCCGAGCCAAGACCGACAAGGCGCGAGCCAAGAAGGCCGUGGCCAAGGCGACCGUCUACGUGGCCGACGAGUUCCUGGACUGGCAGCAGGCGGCGCUGAAUGUGCUGAGGUCGGACUUCAAGAAGAACAUGAUGAGCUUUCCCGAGCUCGCUCCCUUCAAGGCUCAGACUAAGGUCCUCAUGCCCUUCGCCGCCUUCUCCAUCGACGAGUUCGAGGCCCGUGGACCCGAGGCCUUCGAACUCAAGGUUCCUUACGAUGAAGUUCGUCUCCUCACCGACAGCAUCGAGUAUCUCAAGGGAGAGCUCAGCGUGGAGGAGAUCGAGGUGACCAAGUGGCCUCCUUCAGACCCUGCCGUCCUCAAGAACCUGAGGUAUGAAUGUGCUCUCAUCUCCUCUCGCUCCUCCUCUCCUCUCGCUCCUCCUCUCCUCCCGCUCCUCUCCUCCCGCUCCUUUCUGUAA